AUGAAACACUUUCGCGGAUGGCUCGUUAUGUGCCUUGUGUCUGUGCUCCUGUUUAUUGUUGUGGACAUACCAGCGGCGCAGCAAAGAAAUUUGCGCAGCAGAAAUAUAUUUGUGGCUAUCAUGAUCCCUGUUGUGUGGAUCAUCCACCUCGCGGUGCUCUACAUCUUCCUGUACAGGCCGCUGCGUCGUAGCACUGAGGUGUACCGAAAAGGGCAUGCAUGUGGCCGCGGCGCAAGCGACGAGGGUGUUUUUCACUGGUUCAAAGAGCAAUAUAAGCUGAACGUGACUCUCACGCGGUUGCAGGGUGAUACGGAAAGGAUGGAGACUCUCCCCGUGUGCUGGCAGCCACACUCCCCAGCAAGUGGCGGACCGCCGACGAAUUUGCAUUCUCUUUGCGUUGCGAGGACGCCUAUGGUGGGCAACUCGGGCUUGUCUUCACCCAGCGGUAGUCUAUGA